AUGACACUGACAGGAUCGCUUUUACCUACAGAUCAAGUUUACAAGUCAGCCAAACUCUCCACAAAUCCUGGCCGCAAUGCCCACGUAGAAGACGAUGCCGACGACGACACCGAAGCAGGCCCCUCCCUGCCACCACCAGACGGCGAAGAUGACGACGGCGACUAUGGCCCGGCCAUGCCUCCCGACGAGGGAGAAGAAGAUGGCGACGAUGAAGAAGGCCGCUUCUUUGGCGGCGGCGUGACGGCGCAAGAGUCGAGGGCGCUAGACUACAUCAACGAGACAGGCGACGACCUGCCCGAGGAGAGGAUCGACGCGUCCUGGCUCAAGAAGACGGCGCUCAAGUUCGAGCAGCGCAUCAACAAGAACGCGACGCAGCGCGCAAAGUACGAGGACGACCCCGCCAAGUUCAUCCAGAGCGAGGCGGACCUCGACGCCGACAUCAAGGCACUGAGCAUCCUGGGCGAGCACCCGGAGCUGUACCCGGACCUCGCCAGGCUGGGAACCGUGGGGAGCCUGGUGGGGCUGCUGGCGCACGAGAACAUGGACAUCGCCAUCGGCGCCAUCGAGAUCAUCGGCGAACUGACGGACGAGGACGUCGCCGCCGAGGAGGAGCAGUGGGACGCCCUCGUCGACUCGCUGCUAGAGGCGGACCUCGUGGGACUGCUGGUGAGCAAUCUGAAGCGGCUCAACGAGGACUCGGACGACGAGGCGGACCGCAACGGCAUAUACCACGCACUCAAUGUGGUGGAGAACCUGUGCUCCAAGGUGGCUACGGCGGAGAAGAUCGCCAAGGACGACGGCCUGCUGAAGUGGCUGCUGGCGAGGAUACAAAAGAAGGAGAGACCCAUCACACAGAAUAAGCAGUACGCGGCAGAGAUAUUAGCAAUUCUGGUGCAGACUUCACCAGUAAACCGGAGGAAGCUGGCGGACAAGGACGCAGUAGAUGUCACACUGCAGCUGUUGGCCGCAUACCGAAAGCUGGACCCGGAAAAGGGCCAAGAGGAGGAGUACAUGGAGAAUUUGUUCGAGGCCCUGACGUGCAUCGUCAAUGAGCCGGCGGGCAAGACAAAGUUUAUUGAGGCCGAGGGAAUCGAGCUGUGUCUGAUCAUGCUCAAGGAGGGAAAGAAGAGCAAGCCCGCCGCACUGAGAGUGCUCGACCACGCGGCAGGUGGGUCAUCUGGGACGGAAGUGUGUCAAAAGCUGGUCGAGGCCGGCGGGCUCAAGAAUAUGUUCACGACGUUCAUGAAGAAGAGCCGCGACAACAACCAAGCGACGGUAGAACACCUCGUAGGCAUCUUCUCGUGGAUGCUCCGGCUCCUUCCCGCCAACUCUCCAGAGCGGAUACGGCUGCUCGUCAAGUUCGUCGAGAAGGACUUCGAGAAGACAGAGAAGCUCAUCAAGCUGCGGAGGGACGUCUCCGCGCGUCUGCGCCUGGUCGACGAGACGAUGCGCAAGGAGCAGCAGCAGCGCGAUCCCGCCGAUGAGGAGGACACAGACCCAGAGGAGGAGCGCUUCUUCCGGCGGCUAGAUGCGGGCCUGUUCCUGCUGCAGAGUAUCGACCUCGUGCUGGCGUGGCUCAUCGCGGAGGACGAUGGGGCCAGGGAGAAAAUUAAGGCGCUGCUUGCGGACCGGGACGAGACGUUUGAGGUCGUCAAGACCUCGCUGCAGGAGCGGCAGGACGCCAUCGACGACAAGGCGUCGCAAGACGGCAAGGACACCUCAGAGAUGUUGGCGACGUUGAUGGAGUUUUUAUAA